AUGUUGCAGGAGGAGAAGAGUAAGGUUGAGAAAGUGUCACAGAAGAGGAUUGCAUCUGCUAUCUACCCCACUGCCAGCCUCAUGAAUCAUUCUUGUAAACCUAAUAUUAUCAACAGUUUUUAUAAGGAUUUGCUAGUAAUACGGACGAUUGAAGAUGUCAACUCUGAUGGCCAGAUUUACAACUGCUAUGGUCCACACUACUGCCGUCAGGUACGUCAGGAGAGACAAGAUUCUUUAAACCGACAAUAUUUUUUUAUGUGCAAGUGUGAACCAUGCACCCAGCCUGAAUACUUGCAGAAGGAGGCAAGCUGGAGUGGGUUUCAUUGUGAGAACUGUGGAGGUGUGUUAUCAUGGAUGGGGGAAAAUGAACCAGCAGGGUCUGAUUUUGCAGAGAGUACAGGUGUUUUUCUUUGUCUUCAGUGUCAUAAACUACAGAGGCCAUCAGGACACUUAGUACAAGUGUGCACUAAGGUCAACUCUUUAUUUGAAGCUGGUGAAGAGACUUUACUGAAAGGUGAUGUAUCAAGUGCUGUGAGCUUUCUAAAGAAAGCUGUCUCAAUAGGAUCUGAGGUUUACCUGCCAGAAAAUCAGUACUUUAUUUCUGUGCGGGACACACUUGCACGUGCUUUCAGUGAAUUAGGUGACUUUAAGAGCUGCUGCUUGGAAUUGCGAGAAUGUCUCAAAGUGGUAGAAUUACGUUAUGGUUCAGAGAGCAUUGAGUUAGCACACGAGUUAUUGAAGUUCUCAGAUGUGUUAACACUAGCUUCUACCACUGAUGCAAAACUUCAAGGUGAAAUUCAAGAUGUGAGGAGAAGAAUAGAUGAAAUUUUCACUUUAAAUUAUGGACCACAUUGGAAGAUAUAUCUUCAUGUAUAAAGAUUUUCAGUAAAAUGCUAUGUUAUUUAUCCUACUCUUUUAACUUUUA